CAAUUAGCAUGCACCAAUCGCAACAAUGAACUUUGACUGAACACAUUUUAAAUUAUGAAAUUCCAAGGCGUGGGCCUAUAUACUAUAAUAAGAAUUAAUGGGGAGUUUGGGAUUGCAGCCGCUGGGAGCGGGGCUGUAGGUGGAGUGGGCAGAGAGAGGGGCAGCAGACAGCUCUGCGCGCUCAACUCUCUUCCGCGGUGAGCUGCACUGGGAAAAUGAAGCACGACUCUUAUUGCGUCACUCUGUGUUUGGGUUUUGAGCAGGAAACAGCAUUUCCUCUUAGAUUGUCGCAGUAGGAACAAACACAUUAUUUUGUCCUUACUCAAUGCACCCCUCCGCACAGAACACGCGGAAACCGGCCAGAAGGAAAAAUGCCUCCUUCGGAAAAGAUAGCAGUUCUGAUUCUCGGCGUUCUGGUGCUAGAAUCGCCCUGGAAUGCCCAUCACAGCCUUGCCAGCGCGCUACAGAUCCAACAGGCGUUCGCCUCUCAAAACCAGACAAAUAACUUUGUGGUGGAUGAGGUUAGCAGAAAAGUCUACCUGGCUACGGUAAACAUGGUGUACCAGCUUAACGGGACCCUGAGCGUAGAAGUGGAGAAGAGAACGGGGCCGGUGGAGGACAACCUGUUGUGCCAUGCGCCGCAGCUGCCCCAGGCGCCCUGCGAGCACCCCAAAUCCCUCACCGACAACUUCAACAAGCUGCUCGAGCUGGACAGGGAGCAGGGGGUGCUGGUGGUAUGCGGCUCGGUGUACCAGGGUUUUUGUGAGCUCAGGAAGAUGGAAAACAUAUCGGAGAUAGCCGUGGAGUUCCCCCCUCAUGGCGAGAAGACAGUGUUCCCCAGCAUGCUGAACAUCGCCGCCAACCACCCUAACGCCUCCACCGUGGGGCUCAUCUUCAGGAGCCACGGGGGUAACACCCGGCUCCUCGUCGGGGCCACUUAUACCGGGGCUGGGACCCAGUUUUUCCCCAAGAACCACAGCAAGGAGGACCUGCGCUUCGAGAACACACCCGAAAUCGCAAUUCGGUCCCUGAACAUCAAUGAUUUAUCCAGGCUGUUCACCUAUGACAUCAACCCGUCCGAGGACAACGUCUUCAAGAUAAAACAGGAGGUGAAGCAGAAGAAUAAACUAAACUUCGUUCAUGCCUUCAUUCAGAAGACCUACGCGUAUAUUGCUAUCAACAAUGACGCGAAUAUGGGCCACAAGCAGAGCCAGCCGAACAGCAUCCUUGCAAGGAUAUGUCUGGACACUGAGAACACACGAAAAUCCACCUCGGAAAGCCGAAAGCUCACUGAGUCCUUCAUCCAGAUGCCGCUUCAGUGUGGAUAUAACGGAAACAUCUACAACCGGCUGGUCUCCGUUCACCCCGCGGAGAUCCACUCCCGGAGCGGAGAGGGGCUGGAAUCGCACCUUUUCGGAGUGUUCACCAAAUCAGACAGAAAGUCUGCCCUGUGCGCUUUUCGGUUCUCAGAUAUCGAGGAGGAGAUCCGUCAGGGCCGGAGGAACUGCUCAAACUCCCCCAGCAGCGAUGUGCAGGUGCUGGACAGCGUCAUCCAGGGUUCGGGCGCAGCAUGCGUACACAAAGGGAACCUUGUGCUGCAACCGGAGCAACUGGACUGUGGAGCGGCCCACCUGCAGCACCCGCUGGCCCUACGGAGGCCCCUGAGGGCCACGCCCCUGUUUGAGUCCCUGGGCCUCAGCUCGGUUGCUGUGGACAACAUACACAACCAUACCGUGGUGUUUCUGGGCACCAGCACAGGACGACUGCGCAAGCUGACCCUCCUGAAGAACCUGACUGUGGCCAAUCAGUGGGCUCUGAAGCUCCCAGCUGGUGAAUCAGUGCACCACAUCAUGACCUUUGAUCCCUUGGACAGGAACUACCUGUACCUCAUGACCUCUCACCAUCUCCUGAGGGUGAAGGUAGCAGCAUGUGGCCAGUACAGAUCCUGCAGUGACUGUUUGGGUGCCGGCGACGCCCACUGUGGCUGGUGCACGCUUGAGAGCAGGUGUUCCAUCCAGAGGGAGUGUUCCGGGGGGCUGAUGGUGCGCUCCUGGAUCGGAAUGGGUGAGGGUCCCCAGCAGUGCCCCUCCAUGACCCUCACCCCCCAAGAGAUUAGCCUCUCCGCUGACAUCAAGGAUGUGGGGAUUCUGAUAAACGGUAGUGUCCCUGACCUGGUUGGUUCCCGGGUAGAAUGUGACUACGGAUUGGGCGUUGCCACCGUUGCCACUGUGCACCUGGACUAUGGCCCCGCCCAGAUUCAGACCUGCCCCCUCCUGCCCCGGGAGAGGUAUCCCCACAUCCCCCCUGGCAGAGAUCACCUGAUGGUUCCUGUGGCGAUUAAGGUGAAUGGCACGUCUGUGGUUUCGGGGACCUUCCUCAUCUAUGAUUGCGAGAGGACAGGAGCGAUACACCCCAAGAUUGCGUGUAUCAGCUGUCUAAGCACCAGGUGGAGAUGUUACUGGGACCAAAACAGCCACUCUUGCCUCUCCACUAAAGACGACUCCAAACCCAGCCUGCUAGAGAAUUCUGCUUCUUGUCCAAGCCUUGUGGCCAAGGAUGUUCCACCAUCACCCUCAGGGAUAACCCAAGACUUUACCCUGUCGCUAAGCAACGUGGAGCAGCAGGAGGAGCUUGAGUGUGACUUUGGGAGUGAGCAGCGGUACGAGGCUCGAUGGCUGAACAGUGUCUCAGAGGUCAAGUGCAGUGGAGUGAUGCUGACCACAGCGAAGAGGAGUCAGGUGUUUCACCUCAGCCUGCGGAGAAAGGGACACCUGGACAAAUACAUUGACAGCCCUAAACCCAUGACCGUGGAGGUGUACAACUGUGGGGUCGGCAGUGGGGAUUGUUCCCAGUGUUGGGGACGUGAGGACCAGGGUCAUCUGUGUGGCUGGUGUGACAACAUCUGUAGAACCAGGGAUGACUGCCAGUACAUGAGUAGUCAGUGUCCUGACCCCGAGAUCACCAAGAUCUCCCCCCUGAGUGGACCGUUGGAGGGGGGCACCCUGCUCACGGUGCAGGGCAGGAACAUGGGCCGCAGGGCUGAUGUGGUGAAGGUCUCCAUCGGGAUGGUUCCAUGUAAAAUCCUACCCUACCGAUACACCGUCUCUGUACAGCUGGUGUGUGUUACUGGGCAGACCUUUGAUCCCACAAAUUAUGUCGUCAGAGUUACCGUGAACCAGAAUGCAAUGGGGGUGUCCAAAGAGGUCUUCUCAUACUUGGUCCCCAAGCUGCUGUCUAUGGAGCCUAGGAAAGGCUCUCGUUCAGGGGGAACCAGGGUGACCCUCAGGGGGGAGUACCUGGACACUGGCUCUCAGGUCAGAGUCAAGGUCAACGGCACCCAGGACUGCACCAUACUCACGCUAACCAAAGACACCAUCGAGUGCACCAUACCUGCGGCCCUGCACACACACACUGAGGCGGUGUCGGUGUGUGUGGAGUUUGAGGAUAUUCCCUGUCAGAGCGCUGAGCUUCUCACCCAGUACAUCUAUGAGAAAAACCCCACCAUCAGCUACAUCAAACCCAGGAAGAGCUACCUCAGUGGCGGUCGGACCAUCACAGUGACGGGGCAAGGUUUUGACCUGGUGCAGAGCGUCAGUAUGGAGGUGCUGGGCAUCGGACAGGAUGCCUGUAAAGUGCAGUCUCCCUCCAUGAUCACAUGCUCCUCCCCCGCCUCCAGCCAAUCCCAGCAGGCCACGGUAGAGUUCUUGCUGAAUGGAGUUCUCUACACGGGAGAUGGCCCCGCCUUUGACGGCCCAGACCAGGAGGAGGAGGAGGAGCCUCACGGAGGUCACUUCCUGUUGGAGUAUGUGGAAGAUCCUCAGUUCUUCACCGCCAACAAAGAGAAGCUGAUCAAACACCACCCUGGAGAACCACUCACACUCAUCAUCAAUAAAGGACCGAGCGAUCUGGAGCUGGCACCAGAGGAAUACUCAGUGAUGAUUGGCUCCUAUCCCUGUGACAUCAGCUUCCAUAACAACCAGCUGUUCCACUGUACCAUCAACGGUUCGCUGGGAUCCAGUGAGGGAGAACUGCCUGUCACAGUGCGGGUGGGUAACUUCGAGAGGAUCAUAGCCAAGGUGCAGCUGGGAGGUAGUGAGCUGGCCAUUGUGGUGUCCAUCGUGGUGUGCUGCGUGCUGCUGCUGCUGUGCACUGUGGCUCUAGUGGUGUACUGUACUAAGAGCCGGAGGGCGGAGCGCUACUGGCAGAAGACUCUGCUGCAGAUGGAGGAGAUGGAGUCCCAGAUCAGAGAUGAGAUCCGCAAAGGUUUUGCAGAGCUACAGACAGACAUGACAGACCUGACCAAGGAGCUGAACCGCAGCCAGGGAAUCCCCUUCCUGGAGUACAAACAGUUUGUCACACGCACCUUCUUCCCCAAGACAGACAGAGAUACAGACAGACAUAACAGUGUGUUUUGUAUUCAAACAACGGGCAUGAAGUUUCCAACCACAAGCAUGACGUUUCCAGCCACAAGCAUGACGUUUCAAACCACAAGCAUGAUGUUUCCAGUCACAAGCAUGACGUUUCAAACCACAAGCAUGACGUUUCAAACCACAAGCAUGACGUUUCAAACCACAAGAAUGACGUUUCAAACCACAAGCAUGACGUUUCCAGCCACAAGCAUGACGUUUCCAGCCACAAGCAUGACGUUUCAAACCACAAGCAUGAUGUUUCAAACCACAAGCAUGACGUUUCCAGCCACAAGCAUGACGUUUCAAACCACAAGCAUGACGUUUCAAACCACAAGCAUGACGUUUCCAGCCACAAGCAUGACGUUUCAAACCACAAGCAUGGCGUUUCCAGCCACAAGCAUGACGUUUCAAACCACAAGCAUGACGUUUCAAACCACAAGCAUGACGUUUCAAACCACAAGCAUGACGUUUCAAACCACAAGCAUGACGUUUCAAACCACAAGCAUGACGUUUCCAGCCACAAGCAUGACGUUUCCAGCCACAAGCAUGACGUUUCAAACCACAAGCAUGACGUUUCCAGCCACAAGCAUGACGUUUCAAACCACAAGCAUGACGUUUCAAACCACAAGCAUGACGUUUCAAACCACAAGCAUGACGUUUCCAGCCACAAGCAUGACGUUUCCAGCCACAAGCAUGACGUUUCCAGCCACAAGCAUGGCGUUUCCAGCCACAAGCAUGGCGUUUCCAGCCACAAGCAUGACGUUUCAAACCACAAGCAUGACGUUUCAAACCACAAGCAUGACGUUUCAAACCACAAGCAUGACGUUUCAAACCACAAGCAUGACGUUUCCAGCCACAAGCAUGACGUUUCAAACCACAAGCAUGACGUUUCCAGCCACAAGCAUGACGUUUCAAACCACAAGCAUGACGUUUCAAACCACAAGCAUGACGUUUCCAGCCACAAGCAUGACGUUUCAAACCACAAGCAUGACGUUUCAAACCACAAGCAUGACGUUUCAAACCACAAGCAUGAUGUUUCCAGCCACAAGCAUGACGUUUCAAACCACAAGCAUGACGUUUCCAGCCACAAGCAUGACGUUUCAAACCACAAGCAUGACGUUUCAAACCACAAGCAUGACGUUUCAAACCACAAGCAUGACGUUUCAAACCACAAGCAUGACGUUUCAAACCACAAGCAUGACGUUUCCAGCCACAAGUAUGACGUUUCAAACCACAAGCAUGACGUUUCCAGCCACAAGCAUGACGUUUCAAACCACAAGCAUGACGUUUCCAGCCACAAGCAUGACGUUUCAAACCACAAGCAUGACGUUUCAAACCACAAGCAUGACGUUUCCAGCCACAAGCAUGACGUUUCAAACCACAAGCAUGACGUUUCAAACCACAAGCAUGACGUUUCAAACCACAAGCAUGACGUUUCCAGCCACAAGCAUGACGUUUCAAACCACAAGCAUGGCGUUUCAAACCACAAGCAUGACGUUUCCAGCCACAAGCAUGACGUUUCAAACCACAAGCAUGACGUUUCAAACCACAAGCAUGACGUUUCAAACCACAAGCAUGACGUUUCAAACCACAAGCAUGACGUUUCAAACCACAAGCAUGACGUUUCAAACCACAAGCAUGACGUUUCCAGCCACAAGCAUGACGUUUCAAACCACAAGCAUGACGUUUCCAGCCACAAGCAUGGCGUUUCAAACCACAAGCAUGACGUUUCAAACCACAAGCAUGGCGUUUCCAGCCACAAGCAUGACGUUUCCAGCCACAAGCAUGACGUUUCCAGCCACAAGCAUGGCGUUUCCAGCCACAAGUAUGACGUUUCCAGCCACAAGCAUGACGUUUCAAACCACAAGCAUAAUGUUUCCAACCACAAGCAUGACGUUUCCAACCACAAGCAUAACGUUUCCAACCACAAGCAUGACGUUUCCAACCACAAGCAUAACGUUUCCAACCACAAGCAUGACGUUUCAAACCACAAGCAUGACGUUUCAAACCACAAGCAUGACGUUUCCAACCACAAGUAUGACGUUUCCAGCCAGGUCACCCGUGAUACAAGUCCGUAUUCGGCGUUCAUCCAUGUCUGAGGACGUCGUGAGUUGAAGUGGAGACCAGCCACUAGGGGCAACAGUGAGCACUGUUACCUUCAAGUGGAUUUAGGUUUUGCUAGGGUGUUGUGGGUGGUGAUGGCGGAUGAGCAUAAGCACCUGCCUCUGAUUCCAAAGGUUGCAAGUUCAAAUCAAGUUCAAAUCCAACUUUAACACUUACCUUAAGCAUUCAGCAUUGAUGCCUAAACUUAAACAUUUAGAGGAGUUAAUGGCUAAACCUAACCUUAAACUCUUCGAAAUGUGUAAUUUGACGUUUGCAACGACUUAGAAAUUGGACUUUUGAGAAACAUGGAUGAACGUCUAAUUCUGAUGUGAGAGUGUGAGAGCUAGUUGGAAGUUUCAAGGACAAGGAACAAUGCUGGGCACUCGCACAAAAAAACAUACCCUACACAGAGCUACACACACACUGGCGCACACUUGUGAACCCACCCACACACUUUCAUUCGCAUGCACAUUCUUUAGUACAACCAUCCGUAUUCAAACACAGCAAUGCACAUACAGUAUCAGCACAGACUCCUGCAAACACCCACACAGUCUAUUGUAUGCACACACACUCGUUCACAGAUAGAACUGCAUAAGUUUGUCGAGGUGGACAGUAUGUUUUUUAGAUGCGAAGGAAAGAGCUGGUAUACUGUUGAAAAGCUGCUAUGAUGGAACAUAGUAACUUAUGUUGUUACUUCACUAGUCACACACACACACACACACACACACACACACACACUGAUGCAGGAUAAACACUUGCGUCGUUACCUCAGUAGGUUACUGUCUCCACUCAGGUUUACAGAGACCAAGAACAUACAGCAACACAAUAAUGUUCAAUCAACUGCCACAAGACAAGGGAAAAUCACAGUCUCAACCCUCUAUCCCAUUGACACACACUGAAACACACACACAUGCACACACUCACCUUGCUCAGUCUGUGUAUGUGUGCGUGGGACAGCUCAUUUAAUUAUUUGACUCUGUUGGCUCUGACUCUGAGAGCAAUGGUCGAUGUGUCCGGCCCUUUCUCUGUUUAUCUCUAAAUACGUUUUGCGAUGUAAUGGUUCUGUCUCUCUGUAUGUU